AUGGCGAAGCAAAGCUCCCUUUUCAAUUUCUUCACCAAGUCUCCACCGGCGGUGUGCAAGCCGAAGCCCGGUGCUCAACCCGCCGAGGGCGAUUUGCCGUCCUCGGUCGAAAAAGCCAACUCGUCCCCAAAAGAAGACGCUAAGCAACUCCCGAGUAAAGCCACUAAAGUCAAACCUAAAAGUGUCACCAAGAAUGUGAAAGGAGGAUUUAACAAACUCUUCGGUGAAAAGGAUUCAACAGCCAAAAAUGAGAACUCCACAUGCUCAUUCAGUGCUGGCUCUCUCGUGUGGGCAAAGCUAGAGGGGCACCCAUGGUGGCCAUGCAUGGUAGUACCUCAGCCACUCACUGGACAGCAGAUGCGGGGCCGUGGCCGGGAACAACGCAUACAUGUCCAUUUCUUUGAUGAACCGCCAACACGGGGAUGGGUCAGCACUAAAUACAUUAGAGAGUACCAAGGUUCUGACAGUAGUGAUGCUAAAAGUGGAGGGUUAUUUUUCAGCGGGAAGCCCGAAAUCCGCCGUGCAAUGGAGCUUGCGGACAAGGUCUUGUUCGAUAGCCGAGAAAAACGAUUAAAGAUGCCUCUCUGCACAGAUCCUUCAGAUGAUGAUGAUGAUGAGGAGGAGGAGGGGGAAGAAGACAUGGAGCUUGAGAAAUCUACAGUGACAGAUGAUGGUGAAGCUCAAGAGAAAGAUAUGGAAAUAAAGUCAUCCAAAGUCUGUUCACCGCCAACCCGGUCCAAGCAAAAUAAAGCCAAGCGCCGCCGCAUAAUCGUGGCCUCAGAUAGCGAGGGAUCGGAUGACGAAUUCAAACCAGACCAAGCUGAGAGCAGCAGUGAAGAUGAGGAGGAAGAAGCCACAGUGAGCAGUGAGGCCGAAGAAGCAGAGAGUACGCAAGAGUCUGAAGCUGAAAGCCCAGUUAAACCCAUGAAGCGUAAACGUCUCCCAGAGAAGCCUGUGAAGACAAAGCCAAAUAUAAGCAGUACCUCUUCUAGUGUACGGAAACGGCCCACAGCAUCCAUAGCUAUCGAAACAAAGUCUCGUCUAUCCGCCUUUUCAGCCCCUGAAAGCUUUGAAAGUCAAGCCAAUGGGUCAGGCACAAGUGGAGGAGCGACAAUUUGGGACCACGAGAAGCUGGAGUGGUUGCAGGAUCAUAGGAGGAAAGACGGUCAAAGGCGGAAAGUGACAGAUGACGGUUAUGAUUGUACGACACUGUAUGUGCCAGAAGAUUUUAACAACAGAAAUACUCCUGGUAUGCGGCAGUGGUGGCUUAUCAAAUCCCAGAUGUUUGACACCGUUAUUUUCUACAAGGUGGGGAAAUUUUAUGAACUUUAUCACAUGGACGCUGUGAUUGGAGUCAAUGAGCUCGGAUUGACUUUCAUGAAAGGUACAUGGGCACAUUCUGGUUUUCCAGAGAUUGGUUUCGCACGCUUCUCAAAUGUGUUGGUCCAGAAGGGCUACAAGGUGGCGCGUGUGGAGCAGACAGAAACCCCAGAGAUGAUGGAAGCACGAUGUAAGACCCUGGUCAAGCCCACCAAGUUUGACCGCGUUGUGAAAAGAGAAGUAUGCAGGAUCAUAACACGAGGCACCCAAACCUACAGCGUGUUGGAUGGUACUCCUGCUGAGAGUCAAAGCAAGUUUUUGCUAAGUUUAAAGGAGAAAUCUGAAGAUGAAGGAAAGGGGGGUUGUUGCCGCAGCUAUGGUGUGUGCUUUGUAGAUACCUCUGUGGGCUUCUUCCAGGUUGGCCAGUUUCCAGAUGACCGGCACUGUUCACGUUUACGCACCCUGAUAGCACAUUAUGCACCUGCUGAAGUGCUUUUUGAAAAAGGUAACCCAUCUAAUGAAACGCGCAAAAUACUUAAAGCUUCCCUGUCGUCAGCGCUGCAGGAGGGGCUGAAUUCAAGCACUCAGUUCUGGGAUGCUCAGAAGACUCUGAAAACCCUUUCGGAGGAAGACUACUUUAAAGACAGUGCAGUCAAGGACUUGGGAAGAGGGAGAAGUCAUCUACCGGCUGUUCUUAAAAAAAUGACAUCUGACAGCGAUUCGCUCGGUCUUACGCCUAAAGAGGGCUACGAGCUGGCGCUGUCAUCAUUGGGUGGAUGCAUCUUCUACUUGAAGAAGUGUCUGGUAGACCAGGAGCUGCUUUCCAUGGCCAACUUUGAAGAAUACAUCCCUGUUGAUGUUGAAAUGGAGAAGGCUGUUGGACAAAAAAGUUUCUUUGCUCAGACUUGUCAGCGCAUGGUCUUGGAUGCAGUGACUUUAGCGAACCUUGAGAUAUUUCAGAAUGGCUCUGGAGGCACAGAGGGAACGCUACUGGAGCGCCUCGACACCUGCUCCAGCCCUUUUGGAAAGCGGUUGCUCAAGCAGUGGCUCUGUGCUCCCCUUUGUAAUCCAACAUCCAUCAGGGACAGACUAGAUGCACUGGAAGAUCUGAUGGCUGCCCAAGCCCAAGUCUCUGAAGUUUCAGACCUGCUCAAGAAGCUUCCAGAUUUGGAGCGCCUUCUGAGUAAAAUUCAUAGCAUUGGCACACCCUUGAAGGGUCAUGACCACCCAGACAGCAGGGCGGUUCUCUACGAGGAGGUCACUUACAGCAAGAGAAAAAUAGCAGAUUUUCUCUCAGCACUCGAAGGUUUCCAAACGAUGCAGGAUAUUGUCAAUGUCUUUGCAUCAGUAACUGGGGAUUUCCAAUCCACUUUGUUGCAUCGAGUAGUCAGCCUUGAGAGUGAUGAUGGCGGUCUCUUUCCUGACCUGUCCGGUGAACUAAAGCGCUGGAAAACAGCAUUCGACCACAAUAAAGCUCGUACCACUGGUGUCAUUACACCAAAGGAGGGCUUCGACCCAGAUUAUGACCAGGCUCUGGUCGGGAUCCAAAACUGCGAGCGAAAACUGCAGGAUUAUCUGGACAGACAGAAAAAGAGAAUCGGCUGUAAAAACAUGGCAUACUGGGGAACUGGGCGAAAUCGCUUUCAGAUGGAGGUGCCAGACAGCGUCUCUGAGAGGAAUAUUCCAGAAGAAUAUGAGGUGAAGUCGACUAAAAAAGGUUGGAAGCGUUACGUGACUAAGGAGUCUGAGCAGCUGUUCUAUGAGUUGCAAGGAUUUGAGGAGAAGAGAGACUCUGCCCUCAAAGACUGCAUGAGGAGGCUCUUCUACAACUUUGACAAGAACUAUAGCAACUGGAAGACUGCGGUGGAGUGCAUGGCUGUGCUUGAUGUUCUGAUGGCCUUAUCACGCUACAGCCAGGGGGGAGAUGGACCAAUGGCUAGGCCAGAGGUGGUUCUGCCGGAUGGCGAUGAGCGAGUUGCACCCUUCCUCGAGCUUGUCGGUUCUCGUCACCCGUGUGUUACCAAGACCUUCUUUGGCGACGACUUCAUCCCUAAUGACAUCUACAUCGGCAUACGCUGUGUCAGCGAGGAAGAUGAUGAGGAAAAAAGUCAUGCUUCCUGUGUCCUUGUCACAGGGCCCAAUAUGGGUGGGAAGUCUACACUCAUGAGACAGUGUGGACUUGUGAUUGUGCUCGCUCAACUGGGGUGCUUCGUUCCUGCCGAGCGUCUGCGCUUCACUCCAGUCGAUCGAGUCUUCACUCGACUGGGUGCUUCGGAUCGGAUCAUGGCAGGAGAAAGCACCUUCUUCGUUGAGUUGAGUGAGACUGCGUGUAUUCUACACCAUGCCACUAAACACUCACUUGUGCUACUGGAUGAAUUAGGAAGAGGCACGGCCACAUAUGACGGCACAGCCAUCGCAUGUGCUGUGGUGAAGGAGCUUGCUGAAAAGAUUUGCUGUCGCACACUCUUUUCCACACACUACCACUCCCUGGUGGAGGAUUAUGCCAAUAAUCCUGCAGUGCGCCUUGGCCACAUGGCAUGCAUGGUGGAAAAUGAGUGUGAGGAUCCAAGCCAAGAGACCAUCACAUUCCUCUACAAGUUCAUAUCAGGGGCGUGUCCCAAGAGCUAUGGCUUCAAUGCUGCCCGGCUUGCCAACCUGCCAGAAAGUGUCAUCCAGUCAGGGCACAGAAAGGCCAGAGAGUUUGAGAAGAGCACCAUGGGCCUGAGACUCUUCAAGAAGCUCUGCCAGUUUGCUGAAGACACCAGCCAGGACAAGUCCCGUUUAGUUGCACUUGUUCAGAUGAUCCAAACCAUGUAA